CGCGUCGAGAGCCACAGCUCCGCCAUAUUGCAGGAAAUCCGUCUGAGGUUUAGAGAUUAGUGUUUAAUCUGAGGAGCUGGGAACGAGAGUGUGAUUGGAAGUUACUGCUAGCCAUAUGGUUAGCUCGAGUGGGCGGGUAGAUCGCGCAAUCGCUGUUCCCACACGACAGGACAUAUGUUUAUUAAGACAAAUCGGCGCGGUUCGGCACGUUAUUAUUAUGCCGAACUCUCUUAUGAGAGUCUAGCUAAACUGGCGAGUUGACGUUGUGACUCUGAAAAGUGGAAAAUCGGAUUAACGUUCAAGAUUGCGCACCCAACCCUAAUCAUCUCGUGUCGCUGGCUCCCGUUGCUACGAGCCCAAGAUAUCUGAUAGAGAAAAGCUGAUAGCUAGCUAGAUAGAUAGGUCGAUGUCGGCAGGAAGACACCGAGACCGGACUCGAUUCUACUAACGUUAGUUUAUCAGCGACGAUCGGUGGUUGUGUUUCUGUCAGCGAGGGCAAGCGUUCGAGUCCGUGUGUCUGCUGGCGAUGUUAUUAUGCUGCCCUGUGACCCGUGUACCCAACUAUUGCUCAGUGUUGUCUAAAUUAGCUGUGUUAGAGCGUUAAACCUGCCCGCUGGUCUGAAUUUCAACAGUUCUCGGACCCUUUGGAGUCACUGGCCGAUUGGCGAUCUCUCCUUCCUCGGACUGGCACCAGCAAACACGGAGGAUAUCUUUGCUCAUUUGCUGGCUAAUAAACCCUGACCGAACUGUGAGAAGAUGUCGACUAAAGAGCCGAAAGAAAAGCUGUCGACCACCGAACGAAUCAUUAAAACAGUGCCACUGCCUCCUCACCAGCGGCUGACAGCGAAGGACCUGUUUGUGGAUGGUAAGCCAAAUACCGAGAUACUAAAGAACCAUUUGGUCAAAGAGGGACGUGUGGAGGAGGACACUGCGCUGCGCAUCAUAAACGAGGGUGCCAACAUCCUAAGGCAGGAGAAGUGCAUGCUAGAGGUGGAGGCACCAAUCACUGUAUGUGGUGAUGUUCACGGACAGUUCUUCGACCUCAUGAAGCUCUUUGAAGUUGGUGGUUCCCCCGACAACACGCGCUAUCUCUUCCUUGGUGAUUAUGUAGACAGAGGAUACUUCAGUAUUGAGUGUGUGCUGUUCCUGUGGACAUUGAAGAUCAACCACCCCAACACCCUCUUCCUCCUCAGAGGCAACCAUGAGUGUCGGCACCUCACAGAAUACUUCACCUUCAAACAGGAAUGUAAAAUAAAGUAUUCGGAGAGGGUUUAUGAUGCAUGUAUGGAGGCCUUCGACUGCUUGCCUCUUGCAGCUCUUCUAAACCAGCAGUUCCUCUGCGUACACGGUGGCCUCUCACCGGAAAUCAACUGCUUAGAUGACAUUAGGAAAUUAGACAGGUUUAAGGAGCCCCCGGCAUUUGGGCCUAUGUGUGAUUUGAUCUGGGCCGACCCGGGAGAGGACUACGGCAGUGAGAAGACGGCAGAGCACUUUAACCACAACUCAGUCAGAGGCUGCUCCUAUUUCUUCAGUUAUGCAGCAGUUUGUGACUUUCUGACAAACAACAACCUGUUGUCAGUAAUCAGAGCACAUGAAGCGCAAGACGCAGGGUACAGGAUGUACAGAAAAAGUCAGACAACGGGCUUCCCCUCAUUAAUUACCAUUUUCUCAGCACCAAAUUACCUAGAUGUCUAUAACAACAAAGCGGCUGUAUUGAAAUAUGAAAACAAUGUCAUGAACAUUAGACAGUUCAACUGCUCUCCUCACCCGUACUGGUUACCCAACUUCAUGGAUGUGUUUACAUGGUCGCUGCCCUUUGUGGGCGAGAAAGUGACUGAGAUGUUGGUGAAUGUCCUAAACAUCUGCUCUGAUGAUGAACUCAUGUCAGAGGGAGACGACUUGUGUGAAGAAGGUGGAGUUCCAGCUGUCCGUAAGGAGGUGAUCAGAAAUAAGAUCCGUGCCAUUGGGAAAAUGGCCAGAGUCUUUUCCGUUCUCAGGGAAGAGAGCGAGAGUGUACUGACCCUCAAAGGGCUCACCCCAACCGGAACGCUACCUCUAGGAGUGUUGUCUGGAGGCAAGCAGACCUUACAGAAUGCCGCCAUAGAAGCAAAGGAGGGUCGAGCCAUCCAAGGCUUCUCUCCUACACGGAAAAUCCGCAACUUCGAAGAAGCUCGUGGCCUGGACCGAAUAAACGAACGGAUGCCUCCUCGCAAGGACGGCCAGCAACCUGACGGUACCACAGUUAACGCUGCCAACGAGAAAAACGGCACUGACGGGAAUGUGUAAGGGGAGAUUUUGCACUUUUCCUCUCCUCCAUAGCAUUGUCUCUUUCUCUGCCACGUUCUCCACAAGACAGACCCCUCAACUGCUGGAUCCUGCAGAGGAGGGCCUGGGAUGUGGAGAGGAAUCAUUCCACAGACAGAGAGAGAAAUCACUUACAAACAUGAGAUUUUAUUUAUUAAAUGAAUUGUAUUAGAUGUACUUGAUAGCAACAUUUUAAAGAUGAGUGAACGUUUGAAAGUGUGCAAAAAACAGGUAUACAGUCACAAUGUGUCAACCUUUAAACUACAGUUUUGUAACUCAAGAGCAGAGAUGUGGGUUUAAGAUGCUGCACAGAUCAGAAGAUCUAGUUAAUCCCGGUUUUAUAAUAUUAUAUGUCGCAAGGGAUGGUUUGACUGAAUAUACUGAUGUAUGUUAUCAAUAAGUAUGUCUGUAAAAGGAUUUAAGACAAAAAAAAAAAACCUAAGGGAAAUAAAUUAAACUGUAGGUUCAUUGAAAAAUAUUUUAUAUCUUAAUAUUAUUCAGUUUCAAGCAAGAUGAAAAUAUUAGCUGCUUUGGGUUCCAUGUGUCUAUUUCUACUUGGAAAAACUAGCAUUUUUCGUCCAAAUACAGUCAGAUGACACACCACAUGAAAGCAGCCAUAACAUUGAUUUAAAAAGAAGUUGUUUGAUUCUAAAACAAAACAUGUCUUAUGAAAGCAUCAUGUAAUCUUACUUCUGCAUCUGUACUUGAAGCUAUUUCAGUCUCUUUAGAAAUAUCUUUUGACAGUCUUUCAGUCUUUCCCUUGUUUCUUUAAAAAAGAUGAUAGAUGAGAUUUGGCAUGCAACCAACCAGUUUUAUUUGUUAAUAUAUACAGUGAAAUCCGUUAGUAUGCCUAUAAGCUCAUGUACACUUGUAACAGCCAAUGUGGGACGUGUGAAGUUGCUUUGAUCGACUCAAACGCCAAAGUCUUUUUCUUUUCUUUUUUUUUUUGUGCUGUGAUGAGUUCACUGCCAGAGCUCUAACCAACCCUAAUUUAGGGUAUGAUGGGGAGGUAAUGAGGAAUAUUGCACUAAACGCAAGUCAUUGUAAAUAGAGAACACCUACACGUAAUAUUGAAUAUUCUCUCUUUAAAGAAUGUCCUCCAGGCCAUCACUUAAUACAAAGUAUUCAGCUUUUGCUCGUACAGACUAUUGAUUUCAUCCAGUUCGUGCUUGAGACAUUAGCAAAGCAUGCUGAGCUUGAUUAAACGUGUCACAAACUGACUUGGUGGUUUGAGCUGUAACACUAUGUGAGGUAUUGUGGUAAGGUUUUUUUAUUACAUGGCUGCUUGUUUUAACAGGUUUAGGGAAUGUUGUGGUAUGUCUCCACCUACUGUUGAGAUACAGAACUUCAAGAGACUAUAGAGGAAGGGCAUUAAGCCUUUUAAUGCAUGUUUUUAUUCAUUUUAACAGGAGCAGCAAGUUCAUCUGGUUUUAAAGCAAGUUUAAUCAUGAGUUUGCGAUGGUGUUGAAUGUCUGAUGCUAUGCACAUGAGCAACCCACCCCGUUUUCUGGAAGCAUUUGAAAUGUACAUUUUAGACAAGUUUGUUUUGUAAAAUGUUUUUUUUUUUUUUCACUUAUUUUUUAUUUAAAUACAGGAUCUGUUCUUCACAUGAGACUGAAUUUUUUUUUUCUUUCUAAAAUCUAAUGAUAUGACCGAUAUGUUGUGCUCAUCUUUAGGUGUAUGAAUUCAGCUUUUAUGACAAAUAAAUGUGAUUCCAGUGCAACCUUCCAACAUACAGCAUUUUCUGAAGUGUGUAUGUGUGUUUUGCUGGAUCUAAUCAGUGCAGUAUGUCUGUGAACUCUAAAGGGAACAUUUGCUACAUUUAUUUGCAUGUAUACCAAUGGAUUAAGCAGCUGAUCUGGGAUCAGUUCUACUGUUUUUCUUGAAUGGUUUAACAGGGUGUGAGCUGGUCUUGGUGUAUUGGCAAUGUGAACUUCUAAUGGAAGGAUGUGGAAGUUUGAAUUUAUUAAGUUUCUGUUUGCGUUCAAGAGUUGAAAUGUUGAGUAUUAGGCCUUCAUAGGCUCAGAGACUCAAUGAAGUCCCUGAAACACAUCUGUGGGAAUGUGUAAAAAUGUUGUUUAUGCACAAUUAUAGCAUCAUUAAAAAUACAAUAUGGAGAUUUAAUUGAACUACCAUUUUAUCAAGUACUUGUAACGCGAGGCCACCAUAAAUUUCUUGAUAUUAUGUAGAUGUAUCAGUUAAGACGACAAAUAAAAACUGAAAUACUAUGGUC